AUGGAAACGCUAGGUAGUGCAUGGUUGGAGCUUGGUGUAGGAACAUGCAUCUUUCCACUAGAAGUAGUCUUCGGCAAUACCGACCAGGUAGACGGGCUACUUGGGCUGGACUUCAUGGAACCAAAUGGGUGUAUUAUCGAUCUGAAGACAAAGGAACUGCGGCUCAAGGGAGAGAGAAUCAAAUGUACGGAUGCACGAGGAGUUUCAUUUAGCUCCAGAGUAUUGAUAGGGGCAACUACAAGGGUGCAACCAGGUCAUGAGGUUAUUGUUCCAGGCUACACGACAGGGCUGCAAGAUGGGACAGGUCUGGGUCUCAUUGAACCUGCGGAGAGUAGCGAGCUCCUGAACAAAGGCAUCAUCGUUGCACGGGUAGUUGUAGAAAGGACGGAAACAACCCUCCCUGUUCGAGUCUUCAACCCAGGAAAGAAGGCAUGCGUAAUUCGCAGAGGUACACUUGCCGGCCAUCUAACACCCAUCAGCGGGGAGGACAUUGAAGAAAUUCCAGGCCAACCUUUACCAACAACCGAUAAUCAUACAGUCCCAGACCAUCUCGUAGAUCUCUUUGAAAGAAGCAAGAGAGGGAUAGACAAGGUCUUCCAUGACAGAAUUGCCAAGCUACUGUGCGAGAACCAAGACAUUUUCGCAAUUUCGGACUCAGACAUUGGAAAGACUGGCCUUGUCAAACAUCACAUCAACACAGGGGAUAGUCUUCCAAUCAGACAAAGGCCCCGUAGGUUUCCACCCAAGGAGCAGGAAGAGAUUGAUCGUCAAAUCCAAGACAUGCUUGAACAUGACAGAAUAGAGCCCUCAGACAGCCCUUGGUCAUCCAAUGUUGUUCUCGUAAAGAAAAAAAUGGGUCAAAAAGGUUUUGCGUGGAUUAUCGUCGUCUGA